AUAGGUAUAUCGUAUCAUGUCGGUGAAUGCGGACCUGCAGAAGGAGCGGGCGGCGGCCACUUUGGACAGCGAGGACUUUGCCCGCUGGUGGGCGGGCGGUGCGUUCCAUUUGGAGGAGCGUCGCGCCCUGGAGCGCCGUUUCUACGACGAUCCCGACUUCGCGGAGGCAGUGCAUCCAAGCUGUCUGUCCUACAAGGAGCGCUACGAGCAGACGGUGGCCCGCUCCACCCGAUUCCUGGCCAAACUGCGCCAAUGGCAGCGGGAGAAGCAGCCACAGCUCCAGCUCGAUGUGAGUACGCUGAGGGACUUUCGGCUGCUCCUCUCCGGCUCCCUGGGCACCGGCCUCUUCCAGCAGAGCUUCCCCCUGCGGGUGCACUUCUCCAUGUUCAUGACCACUCUGCUGGGCCAGGGCACCGAGGAGCAGCAGGCCCAGUGGCUGAACCGCUCCUGGCACAUGGACGGCGUCCUGGGCACCUAUGCCCAGACGGAACUGGGCCACGGCACCUUUGUCCGUGGCCUCGAGACGCGGGCGGACUACGAUGCGGAGCGGCAGGAAUUCAUCCUGAACACACCCACCCAGAGCUCGUACAAGUGGUGGCCCGGCGGACUGGGUAACACGGCCAAUGUGGCCAUUGUCCUGGCCCAGCUGUAUGUGCGGGGCAAGCACUAUGGUCUGCAAUCGUUUCUGGUGAGGAUUCGGGACGAGAGGACCCAUGAGCCGUUGCCUGGCGUUGAUGUGGGCGACAUAGGACCACGUCUGGGUGGAAAUGGCGUUAACAAUGGCUUCCUGGGACUCCACGACGUGCGCAUUCCACGAAAUCAAAUGCUAAUGAAAAACGCCCAGGUCCUGGCUGAUGGCACCUUCGUCCAGGGAAGACCUCCGCUGCUGCUCUACGGCACCAUGGUCUAUGUGCGUGUCAUCACCCUGAAGGAUGUGCUCUUUGGAUUGCUGCAGGCAGCCACCAUCGCCACCAGGUAUUCCGUGGUGCGUCGCCAGAGCCGCAUUGAUGGGGAUCGGCCGGAGGUGUCCGUCCUGGAUCACACCACGCAGCAGGCCAAGAUCCUGCCGCAGAUUGCCCGUGGCGUGUGCUACCGCCUGGUGUCCGACUGGCUGUGGCGUUUCUACGAGCAGGUGCUGCAGCAGCUGGAGGGUGGUGGCCAGGGGUCCGCCACUGGCGCCAGGGGCAACUCGCUGCCGGAGCUGCACGCCCUGAGCUGUUGCCUCAAGGCGGUGGCCACCGACGAGGCCACCGAGGGCGUGGAGCUGCUGCGAAAGAGUUGCGGUGGCCAUGGCUUCCUCUCGUCGGCCAACUUUGACAGCAUCCAUGGCCUGACCGCCGCUGCCUACACCUACGAGGGCGAGUACACGGUGCUCCUGCUGCAGACGGCUCGCUUUCUGGUCCGCCAAUAUGUGGACAGUCUGAAGCGGAAAGUGCUGCCCGCCAGCGUGUCCUAUUUGAGGGAUACGGCUCGUCUGGUCUGGGGCAAGGACCUAACGGCGAACUGUGUGCGGGCCCUCGAGAUUUCGGCCCUGGAGCAGGUGCGUCAGGCCUGGCAGAGCCAGAAUGGUCACAAAUCGAAGAAGGUGAGUGCCGAGAUGGCCAGCAAUCUGGCGGGCAGGCAGCUCACCUCGGCGGCCAUUGCCCAUGCGCAUGCCUUCUUCACGCGGAAUGCGCUGGAAGAGUUGGCCAGUCUGCGUCGGAAGGGUGAUCUCAGCCAGAAUGUGUCCCACGUUGUGGGUCAACUGGUGGAGCUGUUCGUCAUCGACACAUUCCUGCGGCAGGCGGGCUGCGUGCUGCGCUGGAACAGCGGCAUCAAUGGCACCCAGCUGCGCUUCGUGGAGCGUCGCUACGAGGAGCUGCUGGCCCGACUGCGUCCCAAUGCGGUGGCCCUGGUGGACGGCUUCGACUUCCACGAUCGCGUCCUCGGCUCCACGCUGGGCUGUCACGAUGGCCGCGUCUAUGAGCGACUGAUGGAGGAGGCCCGCAGGAAUCCGGUCAACCAGGAGCCGGUCAACGCGUCCUUCCACAGCCACCUGCUGCCCAUGAUGCGUGGAAAGCUGUGAGACGAGGACGAAAGCUGUGGGCUAGGAAUCUCCUUGCUGGCACUUUAUCAUACACCCUUUUUUUUUACACCUAUCUUAAAUAUCAUUGUUAUUGAAUAUGUUAUUAAAGUUCUACAAAAUUAUUUACCCUAA